AGGCAGAGACGAUGAAUGCGCCGGCGGCCGCCGCGGGGCAUUGUGGGGCUUGUAGUUCUGGGUCCAGGCGGAGGCAUGUGCGCGAGUCGCGGGGUCUCCACCCGGCUGCAGCUGAGCAAAAGGAGAGGUCAGACCCGGCAAGGGGGGGGGGAAGGGGGUGUUCCUGCACUGAGUGAAACCUUCCGCACAAAGAUCCACCGAAAGCAGAAGACAGUCAGUGUUGCCUAUGACUCUCCCGGAGGAAAUGGUCUGGGCAAGACAAACGAAGCAGAGGGCAAGAAGCAGAAGUGGGAACCAAAAAACUGGGAGCAGCACCUGAGCAACAUCCGAGAAAUGAGGAAGGAGAGAGAUGCCCCUGUGGACCAGAUGGGUGCUGGGAAAUGCUUUGACAGUGAUGCUCCUCCAGAGGUUAGGCGCUACCAGGUCCUCUUGUCACUCAUGCUCUCCAGCCAAACCAAAGAUCAGGUGACUUCAGCGGCCAUGAUGCGCCUGAGGGAGCAUGGCCUCACUGUGGACAACAUCUUGGGGACUGAUGACGUGACUCUAGGCCAGCUCAUCUACCCUGUGGGGUUUUGGAAGCGGAAAGUGAGCUACAUCAAGCAGACCACAGCAAUUCUGAAGCAGGACUAUGCUGGAGACAUCCCAAGGACACUGGCGGAGCUAGUGAAACUCCCAGGGGUUGGACCCAAGAUGGCCCAUUUGGUGAUGGACAUUGCCUGGCAGGACGUCUCUGGAAUCGGUGUGGACACACAUGUGCACCGGAUUUCCAACAGGUUGAAGUGGGCAAAGAAGGAAACGAAGCUUCCUGAGGAGACUCGGCUGGCUCUGGAAGAGUGGCUCCCCAGAGAUCUCUGGAGUGAGAUAAACUGGCUUCUUGUUGGGUUUGGGCAGCAAGUCUGCUUACCUGUAAAUCCACGCUGCAGUGAAUGCCUCAACAGGGACAUCUGUCCGGCUUCGAGGAAGCGCUGAGAGAUGCAACAUUUACUGGAACAGGCCACCAUACUGGGGGACUGGGACUUGGGGGCCCACCAAUGGACUGAUGAUGCUGUAGCUGACCUGCCAGUGGCUUGAGCAAGAGGGAUGUUCACCCUGAAAUCUGGUGGCACUACAGCAAUGACUCGGUUCCUGGUCUCCAAGCCAUGCACAGGUGAGAGGGGUCCAAAUAGCAUUGUUACUCAUAAAAGGACAGUUGACCUAAGUGUGGUGUCCCCGGCUGCCCUGAAAGGACUCCUCUUAACCCAAGUAUGAAGCCACACAGAGAGUAGUUAAAUAAGUGCAACGUAUUGGGGCUAGAUUCCAGACUAAGUUAGCUGGACUCGAGUCCCACUGAAAUCAGUUGCACGUGUACAUCUUGACAUAGCUCAGUUCAGCUAGCUCAGGCCCCAUCAGCACCAUACACUUAAAGCAGUGACAUGCUACUUUAAACAGUCGUGGUCCCCCCGCCAGCCCCCUUCUCCAAGAAUCCUGGGAGCUGCGUCUUGUUCAGGGUGCUGAGAGUUGUUAGGAGACCCCCUUUCCCCCUCAGGGAACUACAGUUCCCAGAGUUCCUGGGGAAGAGGGGUUGAAGGUACUUUGGGAAUUGAAGCUGGAAGGGAAUAAGGGGUUUCCCAGUAGCUCCCAGCACCCUUAACAAACCACAGCUCCCAUGGUUCUUUGGGCAAAGCCAUGUGUAUUUAAAAUGAUGAGUCUACUUCAAAAGUAUAGUCCAGCCCCCAGUAUCUUUUAAAUGAAGAUUUUGCUGGAUUCCUGUGGCUAGAAAGAGGAGAUGGGGGAAGGCAGGCUGAAAAUGGGCGAAACUUUCUUUAGGGUGAAAAUGAAAACAAGCAGAAAGUUCAGUUUGUGUCCUGUCAAUGGAAGGUCCACAUGUUUUGAUAUGUCUGGAAAUCUCUUUGUCGUAAGCUAUAUAUGUCUGACCAGAAUUUCUAAGGUUCAGCUCACAUGACAUCCUCCGGCCUUUGUUUUGAAAGGGCAAGGCUCUCACUUUGAGAGCCUCUGCCUGAAGAGCAACCAGGGGUGUGUUGUAUUUCCUUGUCUUUUUGCCUCUCCCUGCCUCCACACACACUGUGAGGGAAGCCGGUCAUAUUUUCUUCCCAGACCAGACCUUCCUAAGAAGUGUUUGUGGAUUCUGUCAGCUGCCUUUGCCCUUGAAGAAUUUCCAAUUUAAAUGCUAAUAAGCUAGUUACCAGGCAAAAGGAGUUAUCCAGCUCCACUAGAUGAUGUCAUUCAGGCCUGUCCCAGCGUCAUGGAGGAAUUAGCCUGUUGCCAAGGUAGGGAGAGUUGGAAGUUUAAAAACAGAUGAGACAGAAAAAAUUCUUCCCACCCCAAUUGUAUCUGAUGGGCUCCAGGGCUUGGACAUUUUAGAUCAGCUUCCCUCCCAAUCUAUCGCCCUCCUGGUGUUUUGAACUACAACUCCCACCAGCCCCAGACAGUGUAGCCAUAAAAUGCAGUCCAAAACAUCUGGAAGACACCAGGUUGGGUAAGGGUUCUCCUAUGUGAGAACGAAGCCUUUGAGAUGUCCCAAACAAAAGGGGUAUUUGGAAUACAGUGUAAGCCUUGAGCUUUGCUUAGCCUGUCACAUAAGCCAAAUGCUAAGAACUGCAUUUACCUAAAUAGUAAUUCUUAUUUUUAUAUAAUAAACAGUUUUGUUUUUAAUAAGAA